UCGCUAGAAGCGAUAAAUAGGGAACCCCAAAUCCCCCGGACUCCUCUUCGGCCGUUCCCCUCCCGGCGCACACGCUUCGCCGCCGCUCGUCCCCCACCCUCCUCCUGCCGCCUGCGGAGCAGACGCCGGCGCGCCUCUUGGUUUGCUGCCUGACGUUGGAGUCCAGACGCCAACCACCUUCGUCGGCGCGUAAACUCUCUUCCUCUUAUCUUAUCUUGUACCUUAGAUCUGCACGCGCGGCUCUGGAAAAAAGGCAAUUGAACUACCAGAUCACUUUCAGCCGGAGUGUAUUGCCAAAUCAAUUAUGGGAUCUUCUAGGCUGAAUUUGGAAGGAUUUGAGCCAUUUAUCGGUCCAUCGUUGGAGCACCUGCUGCCACAGCUGUCACGUGAGGAGCGGGUACGAUUGCAGAGCCAACUGGGUGAGCACGAGCGCAAAGUGAAGCGAUGGAGUAAGAAGUGCCCUCCAUUACCUUCGACCCACUCAGAAGGAACGCGCGACUCCUCCAUCAUGCCUCACGUCCGCCAUGCUAUCCGCCAUUACAAUGCCAGGCACCCGGGUGACGAGUUUGAUGUUGUGAAGCCUCUGAUGGAAUCCAAUGCUAGCUUCAGGAAUCAGCUGUGGGUCCACGUCAACUUCUGGGCUCGCAGCCGCAAAAGCAAUAAGAUCAAGCGAUUUUUUGCUGAGGUGCACUACGAUCCAAAUCCCAUCGUUGAAGUGUGCAUCGUCAUUGAAGAGCCUCUUGACAAAUACAGGAGGAGCUGCGCAUUCUGUCCUGCCAACUGGGACAUUUUGCACCCUGUGGGUUCCCGUAAGUUUCUUUGUGGAAAUGACAAGGACAGGAUUGAACAACAACUCAAGCCUCGUGUGCUCUCUGAAUAUCUCGGAAUGCCAUUCACUUGCUGCCCGGCCUCCCCCAUUCAAGAGAAAAAAGGAAAGAAGAAGUUUUGAACUUGUUAUGGCCGUCUGUAGUUUCUGACCAUGUCGAUCAGUUCAGGUGACAUUUAGCAGAUAUAUGGAGUAGAUAUUUGUAGCUUUUUGGUUAUUUCUGUGUGUUAUUACUUUAUUGUUACGUUGCGUUAGCUAAAUAUAAUAUGUAAUGGAUCAGGUCAGGUGACAUUUAGCAUGUCAGGAUGGCUAAGUCUCA